GAGAAGUUACAUCCAAGAAAUCUUAUCCCAGAGCUUUGUCGACUGUUUUAUGGUUUAGGCUGGGUGACAGGAAGUGGUGGAGGAAUCAGCGUGAAACAUGGGAGUCCAAAAGGAAAGAAUACAGCCAGAAGAUCUGUUUGUUUGUGACAUGAAAGAACAGGACAUCAGUAGUCCACCACCGCACAAGAAACUAAAGAAAAGCCAGUGCUCACCUCUUUUUAUGAAUGCCUACAUUAUGAGAGGGGCAGGCGCAGUUAUCCAUACUCAUUCCAAGGCUGCUGUUAUGGCUACCCUUCUUUACCCAGGGAGUGAGUUCACUAUUACCCAUCAGGAGAUGAUAAAAGGAAUCCAGAAGUGUACUUCAGGAGGAUAUUAUCGAUACGAUGAUACACUGGUGGUUCCCAUUAUUGAGAAUACACCAGAAGAGAAGGAUCUCAAGGAGAGAAUGGCACAUGCGAUGGAAAAAUACCCAGAUUCUUGUGCUGUAUUGGUCAGACGUCAUGGAAUUUAUGUAUGGGGAGAAACAUGGGAAAAAGCCAAAACAAUGUGUGAGUGUUAUGAUUACUUGUUUGAUAUUGCAGUGCAGAUGAAGCAGCAUGGGCUAGAUCCUUCAAAACAUCCAGCAGGAGAAAACGGGAUCUUGUAAAUGACAACAUUUAUAUUCAGAUUUCUUACGUGAUGAUGGGAAUUCCAGAUUCCACCUCAGUCUGUUAAAACCACAAGGGGGUGCUGUUAUGCUCUGCUGAUUGACAGAUGUUAGCAGUCAGUUUUGACUGUUGAACACAUACAAGAAGAAAAGAAGAGUUAAAAAAAAAA